AUGGAAGAAGACAAAAUGAAUCAUCAUACGAUUACAUCAGAGGAUAUUUUAGUAGAGAUCCUUCAAUAUCUUCCAACGAAACAACUUGCUAAACUCAAGGCCGUGUCGAAACAAUGGAGAUCGGUGAUCGAAACAACCUAUAUGUCCCACAAACGUCUCGUUAGAUUGGGAUUACCAACCCCGAACACGAAACUUCUUGUUGUUCAUCAUCAACUGUCACCAGAUUCUGACUCGACAACUUUGCUUUUGAAGACUUUUUCUAGAGAUCACGACAACAACGGACGAAUCAGUCUUUCUUCUUCGAGUUCAUACCCUUUUCCUGAUAAUCCAAUCAACAACGUCGAAUGUCGAGGCGAAACCACCCAAAUCUUAGGAACCUGCGACGGAUUGGUCUUAGUUGGGAUCUACGGUUUUAGGUACAUUUACUUAAUCAAUCCAACAACGGGAGUGCAUCGAACACUCUCUCCACAAUUAUCGCAGUGGCCCACAAAUAAUUAUGAAUUCCAUAGUCGCGUAAAUAAUCCAACGAUUAGAAAGGAUCGGACACUUUUUCAAGGAGAUAUUAAGUUCUAUCAACAAGUUGAAUUAUUGGCCCUAAUGCCACUCUCCGUUGGAUUUGGAAAAGACAUUAUUACAAAAUCAUACAAGGUCAUUUUGAUGUACUCGGAAAAAUACCAUAUUCGUGGAAUUGGAUGUUUUAAUAGCCGUUUCAAUGUUAAAGUUAUAUCCCUUGAUAAUGGCGAGCAAAGAGACGCCGGUUGGUACAGUUCAGAUGCCUACAAUAUUUGCUAUGAACAAACACCCGUCUAUGCAAACGGAUCACUCUUCUGGUUUACAUUAUAUUGUUAUAUUUGGAAAGAUAAACCACUUUCAGAAUUACCUUCGCAUCUGUUAGCUAUUGAUCUACACACUGAACAAUUUCGAUGGGUAUCACUACCGAAAUGUUACACCCGUUACUCUCGUGGUGUGCAAAUGUGGAGCCUAAAUGAACGUUUGUGCUUAUCAGAUGUGCUAAACAUACAAUGUUCUUCGGAGUUAGACGUUUGGAGUUUACAAAAAGAAGAUUCUUCUACUCAAAAUUGGGAGAAAUUAUUUUCUUUUAAUAUUUUGGAUAUCAGUAGAUUAGAUGCAAAAUGUUGGAUGCUUGGUCUAAGAGCUGCUUACUUUCGAAGGAUUGAAAAGGGCCAAGAUCAAGUGUCGUCUGAUAUUCUAAGAACGGCUAUUUGUUAUUCGCCGACUAUGAUUUCUCCGUAAAGUUUGCUGCAUUGA